UACAAUAUUUCUCUACAAAAAUGAAAAAUUUCCUAAAAUAUAAUUUUUAAGAAUUUUAUUUUUAAAAUACAACAUAAUGAUAAAAAAAUCUAAAAGAAUACUCUUCUAUCAACAAAAGUUUUUCUUAUCCUAGUUUAUAAAUCACAACCCCAAAUCUACAAUAUUUAUCUAUAAAAAUGAAAACUUUCAUAAACUGUUAAUUUUCUUCUUUGCAGUGACCUCGUGAUGAUUAAAUAUUUUGUUUUGCUAAAGAAUGAUAAGCUGCGAUAAUAAGUUAUAUAUGUAAUAAGGCUAAGUUGUAAUCACUAGUUUGUAGUUGAGUGGACGAACGAGUAAUUCAUUUCAGUUAGCUUUCAUCGUUUAAAGCAAAACUACCAAAAUAAGCGGAAUCGAAAACAACUUUUCAAAUUAUACAUUCUUAAAAGGAACUCGUUGUGAUCUCUAACAUUAAUUGUCAAACUCCCUCACAUACCUCGUGCAACAUCUCUCUUCAAUUAACCGUACUGAGAAUGGGUAUCGAAGAAGGCCAUCACAACGGGGAGAGGAAGCCCCUCACAUGGUGCCAAACGUUCUUCAAAUCCUUCGUUUUUGUUUGUUUGGUAGCCUGUUUUAUUUGUGGCACGGUUUAUACGAUCAAACUAUCUUCUCGCAAAGAACCAGUUCCGAAGAUAGAACUAGCUUCUAUGGAUUUCACGGUGCUUAAUAUUACAGACACUCGUUUAAGUGCAAAAUGGGAUUUGUCGAUUCGGAUCCCAGACGAACUACCUGGUAGCUAUAUAUGUCUUCAAGGACACUUUCAAGCUUCCUUCAUGUACAAGAAUGUUACUCUUGCUAUUUCAAGCCCACAAAAAUACAGCGAUCUCAAAUACAACCAACCUCAGGUUCUUAGGGUUUUAGUGGGUGUCUCGGCAGAAGAUAUCGAAGGCUUAAUUGGUAAAGAUAUCACUGAAGAUAUCAAAGAGAAGAAGGAAGUGCGGUUUGGAACGCGUUUUUAUCUCACUGAUUGCAGGGAAAAGACAACUGGUACUAUGAGAUAUGCAUGUGAUGAAGUCACGUUGCGAUUUGAACCUGGUUCCGAGAUGAAGGCGGCUUUGUUUGGGAAGAACCCUAGCUGUGUCAAUUAUUGACCUAACUCCACGUCAUCACCAGUUCAUUGCUUUUUUUUUCUUUUUUUGUUUCUUGUGUGUUUUCAUCGGAUGAUUGUCACGUUGGAAAAUAUUAGGGUUUUAACUUCAUGUUUUCUC